GGCGGUUCUGCUCCAAGCCAGACCUCCAGUAGCGAAGGAGACUCCCGUAUCGGCGACCGCACCCGGGCGCUACGAGGCGACAAGGCGACCGCCAUCGGGAGUCAUGGCUUGUUGAACAGCCCGCCGACGGCAGCGAAGGGGAGAGACCAACUCGUCGAGAGGAAGGAGGAGUGUCGCUAGCCAGGGGCGCCACCAGCCUCACAAUCACAGUCCUCCUCGGCGCAGGGGGGUUCCAGGGAGGCAACCAGACGGUGGUCUACAUUUCCUCCGCGCCGCGCCGAGAGAACGGAACUAAAGCAGAAUGCAGAAUAAGAACGCAAGGAAGCCUUAUGAACUGAGCAGCCGGCCGUAUCUCCGGCGGAAGCGAGGGGGUGAACUACCCCCUGGACCGUGCAGCCCCCAUGGAGGGGCCGGCAGCUGUCAACAAGACACGGCGAGGCGAUGGUCGAUAUCGCCGCCGGGACGCACGGACGUAUGGCGACUGCGACUCACGUGCUCGAUGAUGCACACCAGCGAGAUGGUGCUGCCCUCGCCGAUGUGGUGCUCGUCGCUGCCCAGGAUGAAGGCCGCCGGCACCACCACGUGCAGGUUGAAGUAGUGCGAGAUGGUGCCCGAGCCGGUCGCCACCUGCGGGCACCAGCUCACGGCUUGCGUCCAUGUGCUAGCACGCGCACAGCGAGACACCCGGCAGCAACGUGGCGGCUCGUGACUCGCCAAUCAGCGCCCGGGCACGCCCCACCAAUGGAAGCCUUGCUUUCUCCUGAGAGGCGUGGCCAAUCAGGCGCGGUGCCUGUUUCCCGUGGUUCCGAGAAGCCAAUAAAAAUCAAACAACAACCUGGUGGCCAGUAUAAGACUGGAGCGACCUGAGAGACUAGACAUCUGUGGUCCAGUCGUCGACUCGUUGGAAGCAACACUCCAAGGAAUGAUGAAGAUUGUUUACGUUGUAGCCGUCACCCUGUGUCUGGCCGUGGCUUCCGACGCCAGGCUGAACGCGACUGUAGAGGCCGCCUCCAACCGCACACAAGCCAACGACACCAGCGCUCAGCCCAAGCAGAUCUCCGAAGACCUCUACGACUCGGACCCGGAGGCGAGAUCAGCCAAGUCGGUCUUUGGAUCAAUCGUCCCCCAAACCUUCCCCCACGUAUGGCCGGCGGUACAGGAAGCCUACCACCACAUCUUCGGCAGGGCCGCCCUGGACAGCGGGGUCCUGGCGCUGCAGUCUCCCGGCGCCGGACAGGACCUCAUGUCCUUGCUGCCCUUCAUCGUCACCGCAGAGCAGGGCGGUAUCUCCUACCUCGCCAAGCCGUCUGCUCCUGGCAUGGUCGCCUCUCCCGGGGUGCCGUACAUCUACCACGAGUCCUCGCCUGCCGCCUACCAGUCUGCCUACCAGCCCGCCUACCAGCCCGCCUACCAGCCCUACCAGGCCGCCUACCAGCCUGCUGUCUCCCUGCUGGCGCCCUCUCUCGGCCCUUCAGAGACCCGCCCCGGGAUGUCGCUCCAGCCAAUCACAUACAAGGCCAGGGGCCGACGUGGGUGCUUUCCACUUCCUGGCUUUGUUUGCUAGUGAGAUUACAAGAUAUAAUCUCCACUUGAAGAAAGAGAGAAUUCAUAUGUACUCGUGGUGGAAUUAUUAAAACGUGCUGAUUUCAA